AAAACCUAAUCUUUCUAAAUCUAACGUUAUGAAAAGCAAGCAUCACAAAGGCGACCUUGGCCAGAGAAUCGAGAGAUAUUUCCAAGAACAAUUAAGAAUGAACCAAGCGAAGGAACUAAAAUGUCCAAAGGACAGUAAAGAACCCUCCACAGUCAGACAAAAAGAAGCCAAGCUUAAAUCCCAAAGCUGUGAUAAAAUUAGAGACAGAAGAUUUUAGACAAGCAGCCCCUAGGAAGGAAUUCAACAGAGCGAGAUACAUAGAGUUCCUCGCUUAUAAUCAGUUUUGAUCCAAGACCAAGAAUGAGUUAGCCAGGAUUAAGUUCAUGCUACUUCAAGAUAAUUUCCAGCAAGAGACUAUUGAGCUGAUAAACAAAACUACCCAAAUAUUUCAAGAAGUAGCUCAAAGAGCAAAUGAGAUUUAUAAAGAAAAUCAAAAAUCUAAACAAGACUUACUCGAUCAGAUCAGCGACUAUGAAGCACUACUACAAGAUCGUCAAGGUCUUGAAAUGGCUUAUCGGAGAAUGCAUGAAAUUAAUCAUCUUGUAAAGGAUAUCGAAACUUUCUGUGCAUCAAAAUACAAUAGAAAGUUGAGAGAUAUAAUCAUUGACCUUCCUUCAGAGAUCCUUCGCGAUAAUCCAAGAAUUGAUGAAGAUGUCAUAAAAUUCUCGUCAAAUAUGAUUAAUAGCCUUUAUACACACAAAAUAGACCAUGAGAGUUCUAAAUGUGAUUGAAAUACAUCUAAAGAAGAAAAGGAUAUCGAAGGAGAUUCUCAAUCAAAGGAAGAUGUAAAAGAUAUCUACACUGAUGUCCCUUACAGAAUUGAAGAUCCUUACAUGUGUAAGCAGAACACACCAAACUUUAAAGCAGAAGAAAAGAAGAAAAGAGCCUUUCCAUACUCUAAUUUGGAAGUAAAGCAGAAAGGAUCUCUUUCAGCCAAAUCUUUAGAAGGACUUCAGCCUACAAAAUUAGGAAUAAAGCAGAAUUUUAUAGAUUCAAGAGCUCAAAAUGGUCUAAGCAUCUCUUCAAAUAUUCCCCAAACUGAAAGGAUCAAUAACUUGAAAGCUCUGAAACAUAGCUCAACUCAUACAGAUUUAGUAAGAGAAAAUCAAAUAAAGCUAAACGAUGAAAUCUGGGAAAAAUCUCAAAGUCUUUUGAACAAAUUAACCAAAGAGAAAUCCAAAUUUACUAAAUACGGAAAAAGCGCUAUUUACACUUACGAAAAGGACAAAAGUACACUAAAAUCCAAAAGGAGCAAUGAUAAAUUUCCCUUUGAUGUUUUGAAAGAGAUCUCAAACAACCAAAAGAACUUCUGAAACCCAGCUUACAAAGAGCAAAACAAGAGACCAAAUUCAAUCCAAAAGAGUAGGAAUGCUUCCCUCAGUGCAAAGACAGAGGCAUGUGGGAAAUCUUCUCAAAGAAGUAGGAAUAAUACAGUCAGAAGCUAUACAGAAUAUGCCCCGAUCUCAUCAAGCAACUCAAAAUCUGAGUUCAUUCUAUUCGAAAUAGUCAAGGAAUAAUCUGAAGAACAAAGGACUACAAGUC